AUGGUCAGUACAUGCUCACGGGGGGUUUUUUUUUCUUUCUUUUUUUUUUUCUUAUGCUCGAUGCACUGACCGACUCUGCGGUGGUGUGCAGUUGGUGCGGAUCCGUUCGCGCGAUGGCAACUUUCGCUUCGAGCUGCAGCCCAGUGAUGACGUGUCGGUGCUCAUACAAAAGGUGAGCAGCACGAGUCAUGCUACGUCGUUCCUGUGUGCUGCUCGAUGGAGAAGCCUCUACGGCGAAGGAAUGGUCCGCUCCGAUUCGACUGGCCUCGCUUCCGUCGCUCAGGGAACGAUGACGAAGCCCAAGUCCCAAGUCGAGCACGGGCACGGGCACGUCGUCCCACAUCACCGAGCUGGCUUUGAUCACCCAAACAUGACCCUUUCUCAUCGUAUUCUUCUUGCGUGCUGGAACUUUGCGCUGACCCGAUCUACCUACCCCGAGCAGAUCCUCGAAACGUCGGCGACGAUCGACCCCUCGACCCUCGCGCUGUCGAAUGCACCUCGAGGAGGAGAGCAGCCCGUGUCCAAUAUUGCUGGGGACCUUCAGUCAUUAGGGAUUGGGUGAGUUGGCUGAGCUACCGACUUUCCACCUUGUGACCCCAUUUCUCGGCCGCUCACCCAGCACGUCAUCCCCACUUCGCAGCCACGGCGAUCUCUUGUUCGCAUCCUACACGCCGCUACCCGAGGGCGCCACGCCGGCACAACCAGCAGCGACACCUGCUGCUGCCCAGCCUGUCGCGUCGACGCUUGCGGGCAAGACCGUUCCCAUCGAGACCCCUACACCUUCGACCUCGGCGCCCAUCGCAGCACCGACCUCGUCGACCGGCUCAAAGAAGCCAUGGGAGUCCGCCAAGGUCGACGCUGUAGAUCUCUAUUGGGCACAGAGGGAUGGCAAAAUUGAGCGCAAAAAGGGGGUCAACGGCUGUCGAUGUGGACCCAAGGCCAUGUGCGAUUACUGCAUGCCUCUCGAGGUCCGUCCUGACCUUUCGCUAGAACCCAGUCCCAGUCCAAGAGCUGACCUGUUCUCAAGCACUGCAGCCCUUUGAUUCCAACUAUCAAGCCGAGCACUCGAUCAAGCAUCUCUCCUUCCAAGCCUACUUGCGCAAGAUCAAGGCCUCGGCCCCUCUCUCAUCGGCAUCGACGAGCUACGUCCCGCCGCUGUCGAACCCGUCGUACCGUGUCCAGGUUCCUUGCUCGUCGAGCUCGCACCCGUCAUGGCCGGCAGGGAUUUGCACCAAGUGCCAACCUUCGGCCGUGACGCUCUCUCGUCAGGUCUGGCGCAUGACCGAUCACGUCGAGUUCGCGGACCCGUCCAUCAUCGAGCGCUUCCUCAGCUUUUGGCGCCAAUCAGGGACGCAGCGCUUCGGCUUCUUGCUGGGGAGGUACGAGCCGUACGAAAAGGUGCCGAUGGGUGUCAAGGCCGUCGUCGAGGCGAUCCAUGAGCCGCCGCAGGAACCCCUGGCCGACGGCGUCUCGGUCGGUUUACCCUGGGAGGACGAGGCACGCGUUGCUCGACUCGCCGAAUCGUGUGGUCUUCAGGUCGUGGGGAUGAUCUACACCGAUCUGGUUGCAGACCAAAGCAGUGCCGAGAAGAAGGCGCAGGGCAAAGUCGUGUGCAAGCGUCACGCCAACUCGUUCUUCCUCUCGUCGCUCGAGGUCGUCUUUGCUGCGCACUUGCAAAGGCUUCAUCCGAACCCGUCGCGGUUCGCCGAAGCGGGCCACUUCAGCAGCAAGUUCGUGACGUGCGUUCUGAGUGGCGAUCUCGAGGGCAACGUCGCGAUCGAGGCGUACCAAGUUUCGGAUCAGGCGAUGGCCAUGGUCGAGGCGGAUAUGAUCGAGGCUAGUGUCGACCCGGGUAUCAUGCGUGUCAAGGAGGCAGGACCGACACGUUACAUCCCUGACGUCUUUUAUCGAUACAAGAACAAGUACAAUCUCGAGGUCAAGGAGUCGGCCAAGCCUUGCUUCCCCGUCGAAUAUCUGCUUAUCAAUGUGAGUGCUGGAUCAGCAGGGCAAAAAAGCGAGUGUACGGAGCCUAACAUCGUACGAUUCUAUUCGGCUGUGAUUAUUUAGGUCACCAAUGGUUUCCCUCUCGCGCCUUCACCAAUGUUCACCUCUGAGCGACCGUUCGCGAUCGAAUCUCGGAUGGGUCUACAAGAUCAAACCAUGGCUUCGGCCGCUUCGACCUUUGCAGCGCUCGCCAAGGACCUUCCGCCAAGCCAAGUCGGAUACUCGGCGCAUCAGGACGGCGAGAAUGGGGCAUCGAGUAGCAGCGCCAAGGGCAAAGAGAAGGAGGGGACUUCUGGAAAUGACGCUGCGACGCCGAUCAUCAAGUGGCUCAGUGAUUGGCACUUGUUGGCGUUUUUGGACCAGGUUGGGUUGUUUGAGAAGGUGAGUCUCAAUCGUCGGGGCUGCUCUCAUGUUCUACGAACUGAUGAGGUGAUGUGUGUGAGCAGUCCGACAUCGAGUUGAUGGCUCAGAUCGCCAAGACGAAGGAUGCCGCGACAUUGCGACGCCUCUUCGCGACCAAUAGCUGGCAGACGUUCUUGACGAUCGCACAAGAUGAAGGUGAGCAUAUUUCACCGUUACUACAUUGCCUUGCGAUAAGGGCCUGACUCGUUCGUUCCUCCCUCUCUCUCACCUCAGGACCUCGCGCGAACGGCAACGGCCCCAGUUCCGGCAACACCCUCGGUGGUGCACCACAGACGUUCGACGACGGGUUCGAGAUUCCACCCGACGUCGACGUACCACCCGAUGCAUACAACAACCAUGACAUGCAAGACGUAUCGAUGGCCAACGCUGGCAAUGGUGGAGGGCUAGGUAAUGCUGGUGGUAGUGGUGGUAGUGGUGGUGGUGGUGGUGGUGGUGGUGGUGGUGGUGGUGGUGGUGGUGGAGCUGGCGGUACAAAGGUGUGCCCCCAUUGCACUUUCGAGAAUGAGGCGGGGAGCACGGAUUGUGAUAUGUGCGGGUUGCCACUUUAG